AUGAUCUCAUUAGGAGGAGCUAUUGGCACUGGUCUUUUCUUGACUACUGGUGAAAAUAUUGCAACCGCUGGCCCGGCAGGUGCAUUGAUUGCCUAUGCAAUUGUCGGAAUAAUGGUAUAUUGUAUUAUGACCUGUCUUGGUGAAAUGGCAACAUUCCUUCCUGUAUCUGGUUCGUUCAAUCAUUACGCCACCCGCUUCGUGGAUCCGGCAUUUGGGUUCGCACUUGGUUGGAAUUACUGGUAA